UAGAUCGAAUUGAAACGUGAGCGCAAGUAUGCGACGUUCUGAAGAAGUUGCGAAGCUCCUUUUGUGACCAUAACUGUCGGCAAACAUCAAGGAGCACAACCGAUCACUUCCAGAAACGUUUGUCUUCAAAUGUCCAUGCGAAGGCCCCUGCGGCAUGGAGGUCGAGCAGUUUUACGGCUGCUACCUACUCUACUGCACUAAUCCCAAGUACAAGGGGCACACUUACAUUGGAUUCACUGUCGACCCUAACAGGCGGAUUAAGCAGCACAAUAAGGGAUUCAAGGCCGGAGGAGCAUGGCGCACGAGUCGUAAAGGACCAUGGGACAUGGCACUGAUUGUACAUGGCUUCCCAAAUGAGAUAUCCGCCCUGCGUUUUGAGUGGGCUUGGCAGCACCCAGACCGAUCUCGCCGGCUCAGCCACGUGGGGAAGAAGCUUCGUGCGGAAAGCCGAUUCGCAUAUGCUUUCAGGGUCGUCUCUCAUAUGCUCAGGGCGGUCCCGUGGGUCAGACUGCCACUUACGAUUCAAUGGCUCAUUGAAAACUAUCAACUUGACUUCCAGCCCGACUUGAACCCACCACUUCACAUGGCCAUCGCGUACGGACCAGUCAAGGCUGUUCGUGCUCGUGCUGUCUGUGAAUCCGUUCACUGUGCUCUCGCAAUACCGGCGUGCACGGUGUGCGGUGAGCUGGUAGAGCGAAGGAGAAGCUUGGUCGAGUGCCCGUACCCCGAAUGCAGCGCCGUUUCUCACCUCUGCUGUCUCGCCAAGGUUUUCCUCAAGAAUGAGUGCCAUCAGACCAUACCCGUGAGUGGCAAUUGCCCCGGCUGCAACAACUGGUUGCUCUGGGGUGAAGUGGUGCGUCACAACAGGCGCAACUACAUGAAUUCGAAAACUGUCCCUCAGACUGAGUGAAAUAACUGGCUCACGUGACUGGCCAAAUCAGUGACUCGGUCAACAGACCGACCGUGACGUACCUCACCGGCACCAAACAUAACGAGAUGCUCAGCGGGUGCUCUGUCUGGCCACUUCAAGCGUGAUUCAGUGCCACGUCGCGCUUCAUCCAUGGACUGAAUUGUCAGUUUUGUUCGUUGUGCGGAUGCACUUUUAGUGCCAUCAUUUUGUUGUGUGUUUUACAUGGACUUCAGUUGAGAUUUCUUUAGAGAAAUGAUUUUAGCAGACAGUGAAUUGACCAAUCGUUUGGUCGUUUUAGUACCAUUGCUUUUAUUACGCCCCUACAUAGCUCUUUGGAGAAAUUGUUUUUAACAGAUGGUGGAAAUGACUGAUGGUUUGUUUGCGCCAGUACUAUUGUAUUAUGCAUUUUAGAUAAAUGAUUUUAGAGAACGGUGAAAUGACUCAUGGUUUUGUUGCAGUGAUGUUUUAUAUAUAUAUAUAUAUACACAAAUCUAAAAUUAUUAGUUCAUAUUAUACCACUAUGUAUGCAUAUACAUGAGUAUAAACAAAACGAAGUUUUCGCAGGAAGACGAAGACUUCAACUGGUCAGCAGUGGCCAAACAAGGAUGUACGAAUUGUAGCUGGCAAGAUUGCAAGGCUUGAUAUUGAUAUCCACUUGGAUUGAUAUCCACUUGGAACAAAUUCUGAGGAUGUCACCAGUUUCGAGAUGUGUUGUCAAAUUUCAGGUAAAAAUGAGCUGUUGUUCACCUACCAUUUCAAUAAAAUGCCAUUUUAUGCAUUUAAGCAUAUAGAGUUAACUGGAACACCAAUGUAUUCCAUCACACACUUUUGGAAUGAAUAUGUCGAAACUGAUGUCACUUUCAGAAUUCAUUCCAAGUAAAUACACCUUGCAAACUCAGUGGCUACAAUUCGUAAAUUGCAAUAUAUGCCAUAAAGUAGUUAGGUGAAACUUAAUUAGUAAAGUUUUGGUAAUUAGUUGAUUAGGCAUUUUGGUUUCUUGUGCAAGUAAUGUCUGCCUCUUCAAGUAAUUCAGCUCAAGGACUAGAAUUGCGUUAUCUGCUACAGGCGAUAUUAAAGAAAUUUUGGCAGUCCAAAAUGCUCGGUGUACGGGGUGAUCAUUUUUUAAAUAUUAUGGAAUUUUUAAGAAUCACCUGUUUCUGAUAACAUAUAGUCCUUGAGCUGGAUUAUUGAGAGGGGCAGACAUUACUUGCACGAGAAAUCAGAACACACAUUCAACUAAUAGACAAUGAAUCACUAAUUAAAUAUUUAAUUCAUUACUUUAUGCCACAUAUGGUAAUUUUCUAAUUGUAGCUAGUGAGUUUACAAGGCGAUACUUGGAAUGAUACACUUGGAUACGCUUGCAAUGAAUUUCCAGAAUGAUACCAGUUUUGAGGUAUGCACCAUGAAACUCGCCAUAAAAAUGCACUGUUGUUUUACUUACAUUUUAACAGAACACUCUUUUAUGCAUUUAAGCCUAAAGUAACUGGAACGCUCAUGUAUUUCAUACCACACUUUGGGAAAUAUCUUAAAACUGGUCUCAUCCUGGAAAUUCAUUUCAAGAGGAUAGGUCAUGUAAAUGCAUCGGCUACAAUUCAUAAAUUGCAAUUUGUGCCAUAAAGUAAAUAAUUAAGAAGUUAAUUAGUGAAUUUCUGUUAAUUUGAUGAAUAUGUGUAUUGAUUUCUCGUGCUAGUGAUGUCCACCUUAAGAGGUGGCAUAAUAAUUCAGGUCAAACAUACGAAUUAUGCUAUCUGCCACAGGUGAUAUUUAAAAAUUCCUUAAAACUUAAAAACGAUGACCCAGUAUAUAUCACGCUCGUUCUCAGGGGUGCUAAGAACAAGUGGAAGGCAAAAAAGUAAAAUAACAAAGGAGUAAGGUGAGGAUUGGGUAGCUAUGCCUGGGUAACAAUGCAUGAAGGUGCAGUAACUAUGUUUGAGUGUACCGUGAAAUGUGCGCUUCGAUCUGCUGCGUUGAAUGAACAAAGUGACCCCGGCUAAUCUAAAAGCUGCUCUACCGAUGGGGUCCAAGUGUUGUGUGUGCGGCGUGUAUGUUCAAAAAUGUACGCCACCAUUCAUAUUGCGUGCGCAACCUUGUUAGAUAAGUCUUCUUCGCUACAGAAUCGGCAGCAAUAUUCUGGAAACUUCAGAUACAUGUAGGCACAUCUUACGCCAAGCCAUAACUUUGUAAUAGUGGCUAGACGGUGAAAAAAAAAUACCAAAAGUAAUGAACACUCUGCGUCUGUCAGUAUGCUGGUGUACGUAUGUAAGUUGCAGUAUGUAGUAAGUUACCCUUCCACAAUACCAAAAUAGCCACUCUUACCACGAGAAGAUGCUUCAUCAUCAUCAUCAUCAUCAGCCUAUAUUCGUAUAAAACCAACAGACAACAGGGUACAUUUAUUUCUUUUUCUUCUUUUUUAAGUGAAAUGUAGAAGUGAUAAAGUAAAGGGCAGUGAAAGUGGACAAAAAAAAAAAAACUUUCCACAGGUGGGAUCCGAACCCACAUCUUCGCAAUAUGUGUGCGCCGUUUUUCCAUGCACUUUUUUGGAUUGGAAAACAGCGAGAAAGUGAAUGAGAGACGACAGCACCACGGUAGCUCAAUUUGUAAGAGCAUUACACACAAAAUGUUCAAUAGAUGCUGCAUAGUAGACUAAAGAAAAAAAAAAGUUGUUUUCAUCUAUCCGUACGAAGAAAUCUGUAUCUCUUCAUAUGAUGCAUCCUGCAACAGGAUACAAUACUAUGUACAGGCAAACAGUUCAAGCACUCAACUAACACGUCAUAAACACAAGUACACAUUAAUGUGCUCCCCUUUAAUGACAACGCGUCAAAGUACUCUUUCUUCCCACUCGUCAUAGCAGAAUGGAACAGACUAGGUCCUGCCAUCACAAAAAUUGCAUCGCUAUCAGAGUUUACUACAAGCAUGGAAGAUAUUAUGUCUGCAGCGCUUCCCUUUUGUUUUCGCUUCCAUCUUCAGAUAAGAUUGCCAUGCUCGCCAACACUCGCUUUUUUUAUGUUUGCGCCAAUGUGAUUGGUCAGGAAACGCACAGAAAGCGCAUUUCACUAAAAUAAAGGGGAUUGUCUUCUGGGCCUCGGUGCUGGUUGUCCAUACCUCGACUACUGGCAGUCAUUCUACUGCCGAAUACGUAACAAAAUAAAUCAAGACUUGCAGAUUAAGCUGUUGCAAAUUCUCUACGUAUGCUAGCACUUCUUUUUUUUGCAUACGUAUGUCGUCUGCCCUGCUGCUACGUGAAACUAUGGCACGUUUUACCUGAAUGUUCAUAUUGCUUCCCGCUAUACGUUUUUCUUCUUUUACGUGAUUUACUUGUGCUUGUUAUAUGAUUAAGUUUGGCUUCGUUAUAGUUUUUAUUUUUUGGUUAUUCCUGCCUAGUUUCAUUCAUCAACUGCUUUUGUUCCUUUCACAUUGUAUAACAAAUUAUGUUUCCCUUUCUUCCUUUAUUUUUGUAUUGGCCUUGUAACCCUGCAUUGCCCACCUGCCACGCUUUCGAACGAGAGCAACAGUAUUGAAAAUAAGAUAAAUAAAUGAAAUAUAACCUAAUGUGCAAGCCCUAUACGCAAGAAGGUACUAAGGCUUGUACAAUUUAAAUAAUCACACAUAAAAUAAUGC